GUGUGCUUGGCGCGAAAGUGGUCAGAGGUGAGCUGCAAGAGAAUAGUCGGCUUUUCUCCGGAUCUGUAGUCCGUUUUUUUGUUUGGUUUGUUUUAACGCAUCCACACAUGGAUCUUGCAACACAAGCAUCUGAUAAUUCAGGACAAGUUAUCAAGGAUGAUUUGGCAGAAAAGUGCCAGAAACUAUUCCAAGUGUUCUUAGAAGAAUUUCAGAACAGUGACGGCGAAGUGAAGUAUUUGCGCGACGCGGAGGAGCUUAUCCGGCCGGAGAGGAACACGCUGCUAGUGAGCUUCCAGGACCUGGAGCAGUUCAACCAGGAGCUUGCGACCACUAUUCAGGAGGAAUUCUACAGAGUUUAUCCUUUUUUGUGCCGGUCUGUACGAAAUUUUGCUCGUGAUCACGGAAAUGUUCCUCUCAGCAAGGAGUUUUACGUGGCAAUACAGGACUUGCCAACAAGACACAAGAUCCGUGAGCUGACGACCGCCCGGAUUGGCACGCUGAUCCGGAUCGGUGGUCAGGUAGUGCGCACCCACCCGGUGCACCCCGAGCUGGUCAGCGCCACCUUCCUGUGCCUGGACUGCCAGAUGCUGGUGCGCGACGUGGAGCAGCAGUUUAAGUACACGCAGCCCAACAUCUGCCGCAACCCAGUCUGCAACAACCGGCGGCGCUUCAUGCUCGACACCAACAAGUCCAAGUUCAUCGACUUCCAGAAGGUGCGUAUCCAGGAGACGCAGGCUGAGCUGCCGCGGGGCUCCAUUCCCCGCAGCGUGGAGGUCAUCCUGCGGGCCGAGGCCGUGGAGUCCGCGCAGGCCGGGGACAAGUGCGACUUCGUGGGCAUGCUGAUUGUGGUUCCGGACGUGGCCAUGCUGGCCAAUCCAGGUGUCCGAGCUGAGACCAGCUCUCGCACGGCUGGGGCACAGGGCUACGAGAACGAAGGAAUCCGUGGUCUGAAGGCCUUGGGAGUGCGAGACCUUUCGUACAAGCUGGCCUUCCUGGCCUGUCAUGUGGCGCCUACGAACCCCAGGUUUGGUGGGAAGGAGAUCCGGGAUGAGGAGCAGACUGCGGAGGGUAUUAAGAACCAGAUGACGGUGAAGGAAUGGGAGAAGGUGUUUGAGAUGAGUCAAGACAAGAACCUGUACCAUAAUCUGUGUACCAGCCUCUUCCCCACCAUUCACGGUAACGACGAGGUGAAGAGAGGUAUUCUGCUCAUGCUGUUCGGCGGAGUGCCCAAGACCACCAUGGAGGGCACGUCUCUCCGAGGGGACAUCAACGUUUGCGUUGUGGGAGACCCCAGCACUGCCAAGAGCCAGUUCCUCAAGCACGUAGAGGAGUUCUCGCCCCGUGCUGUCUACACCAGUGGCAAAGCUUCCAGUGCCGCUGGUCUGACCGCAGCUGUGGUCCGGGACGAAGAGUCACACGAGUUUGUCAUCGAAGCCGGGGCUCUCAUGCUGGCCGACAACGGUGUCUGCUGUAUAGACGAGUUUGACAAGAUGGAGAUGAAGGACCAGGUGGCCAUCCAUGAAGCCAUGGAGCAGCAGACCAUCUCCAUCACCAAAGCAGGCGUCAAGGCCACACUUAAUGCCCGGACCUCCAUUCUAGCAGCCGCUAAUCCCGUCGGCGGUCGGUACGACCGCUCCAAGUCUCUGAAGCAGAAUGUAAAUCUGACUGCACCCAUCAUGUCCCGAUUUGAUCUGUUCUUCAUCUUGGUAGAUGACUGCAAUGAGGUCACAGAUUACGCCAUAGCCAGACGUAUAGUUGACCUCCACUCCAGAAUUCAGGAGUCUAUCGAUAGGCUCUACACCUUGGAGGAGAUUCGUCGAUACCUUCUUUUUGCCAGACAGUUUAAGCCAAAGAUCUCUAAGGAGUCCGAGGACUUCAUCGUAGAGCAGUACAAGCGUCUGCGGCAGAGGGACGGCUCCGGAGUCAGCAAGUCGGCCUGGAGGAUCACCGUGAGGCAGCUGGAAAGCAUGAUUCGUCUGUCCGAGGCCAUGGCCCGGAUGCACUGCUGCGAUGAGGUCCAGCCAAAACAUGUGAAGGAGGCCUUCAGGUUACUGAACAAAUCCAUCAUCCGGGUGGAAACACCAGAUGUCAACCUGGAGCAGGAGGAUGAGCAGCAGGAAGAAGAUGAGGAAGCUGACCUUGUGAAUGGUCACGGAGAAGCUGAUGGCGUGAAUGGACACGCCGAGACCCCAGAGAACGGUGAUGCAGCAAAGCCGUCUCUCAGACUUUCCUUUGCUGAGUAUCGCCGCAUCUCCAACCUGGUGGUUCUGCAUCUGCGCAAGGAGGAGGAAAAUGAUAAUGAAGCUGCUCUGAAGAAGUGCGAGGUGAUAAACUGGUACCUGAAGGAAAUUGAGUCUGAAAUUGACUCAGAAGAAGAGCUUAUAAACAAGAAGACCAUCAUUGAAAAAGUCAUCCACAGACUGAUUCACUAUGACCACAUUCUCAUUGAACUGGCCCAGUCUGGACUGAAGGGCUCCUCAGAAGCAGCUGUCCCAGAGUCGCAAGCAGAAGAAACGGUCCUGGUCGUGAACCCCAACUACGCCCUUGAGGACUAGUAACUAGGACUGGUAACUUUGGCUGCCUUCUUGAGUUAAAUAACUGUUGAAACUGAAGACUGGAAGACAAUGUGUUUGAAAUGUGACAGAUGGUGUGAAGAUUUUUUUUUUUUUUUUGAGGUUUUGUUUAUGUAAAUAUGUUUUUAAUUUCUGCAUGGCGUUGCUAUUUUAAUAUACAGAACUUCAGUUUUGUAGCUUUUUUGAUGGUUUUUACCCCAGAUGUAAUAUUACAGCUUCAUGUUUUAUUUGUGAUCUUGGGAACAAAACUUAAUGCUUUUAUUAGGUGAAUUUAACUGUACCUUCAUAUAGGUGUCUUCAAAACAUAAUGAAUAAACUUGAACGAUAUGAGCAAAUA